AUGGCGCGUGAUAAAAAACUAAAGGCAAAGCGACAAAUCACCUAUGAAGACGAGGAAGGAGCAACUGCUGAGAAUACGAUAGCGUCAUCUUCUGCUACUACUAAUUCUUUGGAAAAAUUAACCAGUAAUAAUACAAACAGCUCUCACGAGCACAAGCGUAAACGUUUUCGGUCUAUACAUUGUCACAAACCUGCUAUUGAUGCUCUUGUCAUCAAUGAAAAUAAAAAAAAUAAUAAUUCAGAUAAUGACGAACCUACGGAUAGCGAACCAAUCAAGUCACCCAUUUAUAAAUCAGUGCCUUCAAAAGAAAGCAAGCUGGAGUCAAGCAAGGCAGCGGCUUUGAAAACGGCUUUGGAGGAAAUUGCCGCCUUGAAAAAGGAAAUUUCCCGGCUUAAUGCUGAAGUCGCCUUUAAAGACCAAGUCAUUGAAUCCUUGCAAGCUGAAAGCAAGAAACUCAAGCCUGGACUUACCUGUGUUAUUUGUGUUGAAUUUAUGUCAAAUCCAUGUACUAUUUCUUGCGGUCAUACUUUCUGCUAUGAAUGUUUGAGGGAUUGGCUUAAAAUAAGACGGGAGUGUCCAACUUGCCGAAUGAAAAUCACGCAACGACCAGCCUUAUCAUUUGUUGUUAAAGAACAAGUUGAAACCUAUAUUGAAAGAUUACCACCCGAUGAAAAACAUAUUGCUAAACAACGGCUAAAAACCAAGGAAGAGAUUUUCAACAGUCUUGAGGAUGCGUGGGAGAAUAUAAUCAUUGAACAAGCUCCCGUAAUAUUAGAUGCGUCGGACGACGUUGUUCCAGAUGCUCAUGGGAAGGCAAUUGUUGGAUCACGUUGCAGUAAUUGUGGCUCACAAUAUCUUGUAUAUGAGGGUGGUGAAAAUGAUAGUGAAGGAGAGAUAAUGGCGGACGAUGCUAGAGAUAAUUGGGAUUAUGAUUUGGAUGAUCCUUUCAUUGAUCGAAGAACAACAGAUGAGAUUUUAUCAGAUGAUUCUUAUACCAGUGAAAGUCAAAAUGAUGCUGUAGAUGAUGUAGAUGAUAUAAUCGAUAAUCAACAGCAAGUGUUUGAAGAGCAUGAUAGUGAAUCAACUCAUUCGACACACUCGAGUGAAUCAACACGUUCAAAUGGUUCAGAAGUGAUGAGACGAGGAAAUAUCUUUAAUAUUUUGAUGAAUAAUACUUCGUUCGCGGUGACAAUGUCAUCAAAUUCGGAACUUCCAACCAGAAGAUUUACACAAAUGAGCAUUAGUCCUGUUCGCGUGUCCAGAGAAAGUGACAACGACAGUACUGAUCCAAGUCCUCUGCCAAUUCAACGUCGCCGAAAUGUGCGACUAACGAUACAAAGUUCGGAUGAUGACGAAGAUGAGGAUAAUGAAGAAGAAAUAAAUUCAACGCGAUCUUAUGAUCCAUCUUCAGGUCUUUCAUGGUUGCGGCAGACAAGAAAUUCAACAUUUGGUGCAACAUCUAUUCUGACAUCAUCACAAACCGUUUCUCAGUCAAGUCGUCCUCGAACCGUCAUUGAAAAAAUAUUGAAACAAGCUGCCUUUGAUGAACAAUUAGUAGCAGAUUUAUUGUGA